GACAGGGCUCACUAUUCCAGAUAAUGUUACAGCUGAAACAUUUCCAGUCACAGCAACUUCUAUAAACUUUUUAGGAUGUACUUUUACAAAUAUUUCAGAAGAUACAUUUUCCAACAUAACUGGUUUAACCACAUUAACAAUUCGCAAGAGUGGUCUAACUUUUAUGCCAGAUGUCAGCAAAUCACAGAUAACCACCCUGAAUUUGAUAGACAACAGUAUAACACUGGAUUCUAAAUACAAGGGAACCCUUCCAGAUACUAUAGAAUAUCUAGCUUUGACUAACAAUAAGAUUUAUUGGUUACCAUCAGGAUUUAUCAAUGGUUCAAAUCUCCGACUAGUGAGCCUUGGAGGCAAUGAGUUUGUUAAUUUUCCAGCAGCAUCACUUGGUGAAAUUCCAAAUAUCAUGUAUUUGAAUCUCAGUAACAAUGCUAUCCAGUAUGUUCAGAGAGGAGCUUUCAACCAGAUGCAAAACCUGAAAAUUUUAGAACUGCAUGGUAACAGUAUAUCACAAAUUCCAAAAGGUGUAUUUGAAGAUCUGAAAGAACUGAUACAUUUGGACCUUCAUCACAACAAAUUGGAAAAGCUGACCUCUGAAUCUUUUAUUGACCUUGAAAAGUUGAUUGAGUUCAGACUCCACAGUCAGAGUCCAGUGAUGACCACCAUUAUGUUUGAUUCUAUGAUCAACAUUGGUAAAGCUUUGAAAUAUCUAUUUAUAAGUCAAAAUGGAUUAACGCAUUUACCACAUCAAGUUUUUAUGGAAGCAAACUUUACAGAACUCAUAGAACUAUAUGCAGACAAUAAUUUGAUUAAAAAUGUAACAGAGCUGGGGGAAAGUGGUUAUGGUAUCAAACUAAGAUCAACUUAUCUUCGAAAGAAAAAACUACUUGUAGCCUUUUCCACCACUCCUAAUAUUGUGAAAUUGUAA